UACUGUGAUACCUCUGGAAAUGGAAGCAACCAAGAAGCUCCGACCAAUUAAUUCCAGAAGAGCCGCUUUCGCUCCUUCGAGGUUGGGAAUCGUGGAGAACAUAGAACAUCUAAUUCCGAAAGCAUGAUAUUAUUGAUAAAUUAAUCCUCUCUCUCACUGAGUAAUUCAAAACCACCUCAAUAUGCAAAUACAUGUGCAAUUAUAACUCAUCAUUGUUUACAUUGUUUACAAUACAGUACUAUUACCACCAUUAAUUAUCACAAGUUCCAAAGAUCUUCUUCAAUCAUUGCUACAUGAUUAUGAGCAAUCAUUAGUUACACAGAUGAUCAACUUAUUGGGAAGUUAAGAUUACCCACAACCACAAAUAUGGAUGCAGUCGACCGUCAAGAGUAUCCUGCUAUGCUGGUAAGUAAUCACCCGAUCGCAGAGCUAUACCAUACUCUACCAUCAUCAAACUGGUUUGCUAACGCUGGCGCAGGAUCGUUUACCACCAGCAGCCGCGGCAACAAAACUCAACGAGCGGGUGAAGAGGAUAAAUAAAGUGAACACGGAAAUUGCAGAUUGGUUGCAGGUAUGUAUUUGUCGAUUGCUGGGAUGGCAUAUUGUUUACACAUUUACUAGGAACGUCGGAAAGUAGAAGAACAAUAUGUUGCCGGCCUCCGAAAACUUGCGCGCAAACCUUUACAAGAAACCGGAGGAGAAUUGGGGUAUGGCAUUUUGGGACAUCCGGACUCGAUAUGAGCUAACCGGACGUUAGGGUAUUUGAUGCACCAUGGAGAAAAAUCGUGGGUUCGGUCGAAUCAAUCGCGGAUGCUCAUUACAAUCUAUCCGAACGAAUUACGAAGGAUGUGGAACAACCUUUGCGACAAUUUGCUACGCAAAAUAGAGAAAUGCAGGCAAUGACGACAAUGCAAGGCAAUCUCACGGCUAUGGCUAAGGAAGUAGAAGAUGCGCAGCAUGCAUCGGAGAAGCUCAGCAAGAAGGGUGGAAAAGCAAGCACCCAGAAGGUGGAAAAUGCGGCUGCUAAACUACAGAGUGCUGAACAACAGUGGCAAGCUCAGGCUCCGUUCAUAUAUGAAAGUCUUCAGGUGGCAGACGAAAGACGCUUGAAUCACCUACGAGAUGUCCUUACGCAAUUGGAAACCCACGAAGCCGAUAGAGUUGAGAGGAGUCGAGUAGCCGUUGAGCAGAGCCUAACAGCAUUAUUGGAGGUAGACACUGCUCAGGAAAUUAGGAAUUGGUCGGAAGCAACCACCGGGGGUAGGCCCGUCACCGAGCGGUCCAACAGAAAUAUUUCUAGCGCUGGGGAUAAUGGCGGUACCGCAUUACCAAUCCCCCCUCCUACUCCACGGUCUACACACUCGGCUGCUGCCAGUGAUAUAUCCAAGCAAGAAGGUUCUGGUGGUAAGUGACAGUCCUUGAAACCCUUUGUUUCCACAUAGUGCUAUGUUAUUUGUGACAUAUACUAAUAUACUAAAUCUAGAGUCGAAGAUAAAGAGCCGCUUUGGCACGAUGCUUCAACGUAGACGGCAAAGCAUCCACGGAGGAUUUGCUCGCGCUCCAUCACCGAACAAGGGAUUCUCAACUUUAAAUCGCAAUUCCAACAGCAGUUCUGGACGACCAAAUUUGUCACCUCACACAUCAUCAAACAACUUACGAGACUCCACUUCGCAAGACAAUCGCCUCUCUGCUCUCCCCGAAGCACCAUCAAAUCGGGAUACAUUGCAACCUAAUGGCAAUUCUAGUGGUAUGGGCCAAGAGUCAUUGAGCGUAUCGGACAUGGUUAGGCCAGCUACCUCUAAUGGUGUAUCAAGCCCAGGAAUGAUGGAUCUAUCGGAGGUUGAACCACCUUCAGGUCCACCCCCAUCGCAUUUCAAAGAAACUCAGAAGGAUUCUGAAGGCUUCUCGGUACCGGCAGCCAUGGAUGAUCCUAUAUCGCAAGCUCAACAAGAGGCUCACGAGCACAACGAACCUCAAUUUAAGCUAGACAUUCGAGAUCAGCCCAUCCCCGAGCAAGAUGCAGAUGCACAAGCUGCAUUGUCAAAUGUCGCCAAUACUUUGCGUUCAUCUCAAAUGCCACCUUCAGCUCGAAAAGUUGGUACCGUCCGAGGUCGAAGAGAUGUUCGAAAUACGGUCUAUGUUCCUUCGCCUAAUCUUGAGGUAGGUAGCAUAGAAAACAAUUUGCCUCCUUCGCCGGCUCUCCCACCGGGGGCAGCACGUGCGGCUGCAUUCGCAGCUAUCUCCGAACUUGGGCAUGGCCAUGGUGCCCCAAGUGUAUCUGAUACAAACUCCAUUCGUUCUGGGCAUUCUCUUUCAAAUAAUGCUGUGGUCAAGCAUGCUGAUAUGCACCACCCUGGCCUCAAUGCUUCAAUGGUAGAGACUGUCAAUGCCACUAUAGAAAAUGGAACAGUUAAAACAGUCAAAAUCAGUGGGGAGAUCGCUUUGAUCUACAUAUCCUCGGCGAACGGUACUCCGUUGCCAGCUUCAGGCAAGUCAGUCCCAAUAUAUGCGGCUGCAGAGUCUAACAUAAAUAGGAACCGAGACAAUCCGCAUCAACAACUUCCCCGCUCUAGAAGCUAUCGGCCCUAACAGAACAUUCAUUCAUCCAGUCUCAUCAGAGAAACCGGACGAAUUCACAGUUGACCUUGCAUCAGUAUCGCAUAAAAUAUCACCAGCAUUCACUUAUCGAGUGCAUCUCGAUGAUCAGGAUCUGUCUGCACAUUCACCUGUGCUGUUGAAACCAGCGUGGAAACCUGUUGGUGAUAAGCUUGGUCUUAUCAUCGAGUACGCGCUCAACCCAGCUUUCUCGUCCCUUCCCGUAGCUUUCAACAACCUCGUCAUCGUAGGUAAAUACGCUGGCGCCGGAGCUUCCGUAUGUAAAUCCAAGCCUAGUGGCACUCACUAUCGUGAUAAACGUUCUAUCGUUUGGCGUCUUGGAGAUAUUACUCUCAAUCAUGAAUGGCAUAGAAUGAGCGCUUUAUUCUCCGGACCAGACGGUGUAGUUCAACAACCAGAUCACGCCGAAGUCAGGUGGGAAGUUCAAAGGCCAAUUCUUGGCAAUGGUAUCAGUAUUUCGAGAUUGGAACCAGUUAAAGGUGCAGAGGAAUCAGACCCAUUUGCAGAUGAGUCGUUGGCUCCAACCGGAGGUAAUUGGAUGGACGUUGAAACGAGUAGAAAAAUCGCCAGCGGAGUGUACGAGGCAAGGCAGGUUGCAGCGUGAAAAAAAAAAUGGGGCCACGUUGGGACGUUGAGGGUUGAGGAGGGAAGGAGUUUUUUUUUCCAGGAGUCAUCUUUGACUGUUUGGGUGCGUCGAAAAAUGCUUGGGAGGCAAAAUAAGUGCAGAUGGAGCUAUCCAUGUUGGAAGAGUAAUGGUUGGGGCAUUUGAGAGGUGGUCUUCGAGUUGAUACCUAGCGUUUAUCGCUAUCUUUCGUUUUUCAGCGUGUGUAAGUAUAUACCUAGUACUCUAUCCAUAGCGAGCUUGUUUGAGAUUAAGGUAUGAAUCUUUCUGCCCACACAACUUUGUGAUGCAAAAUGUA